AUGGCCUGCGAGUACCUGUCCCUGGAGGUGAUGGAGCGCUGGAUCCUCAGUGAGUCCUCGCGGUGCCCGUGGGUGCCCAGCCCCACGCGGGCACAGCGUCCCCAGCCCCCGGUGGGCGUCCCAGUGGGGUUCCUGGUGUGCCCGGGGGCGCUGGGCGCGUCCCCCCAGUGCCUGGAGCUGUGGCGGCUGGCGCUGCAGGGCUCCCUCUUCAUCACCCUCCUCCGCGACGAGGCCCUGCAGGUCCACAAGGUCACCGAGGAGCUGCUCGGCAGCCUCAAGGGGUACGGGAAGCGCGUGGCCGAUCUGAAGGAGUGCAAGGAACACGCCGUGGCUCACAGGUUGGGGGGCAGCGGGUCUGGGGGGGCUGGGCCAGGCCUGGCACUGACCGGUGGCCCUGCUGGCUCUGGUGGUAGCCACGUCGCGGAGCUGCUGUUCCACAUGGAGCAGCUGAGGAGCCUGGUGAGGCGGCAGGUCCGGGUGCUCCAGCGCUACCACGUCCAGUACCUGGCCCGCUUCGACGCCCUGCUGCUCAGCGAAGUCAUCCAGAACCUCUCCGUGUGCCCCGAGGAGGAGUCCAUCAUCCUCUCGUCCUUCGUCAGCUCCCUCUCGGCUCUCUCCGUCAAGGAAGUUGAUGACAAGGAGCAGUUUGAUUUCGCGCCGCUCCGCCUGGACUGGUUCCGGCUCCAGGCCUACACCAGUGUGGCCAAGGCCUCUCUGCCGCUGGGCUCCAACCCGGACGUGGGUCGCGUCAUGAACCUCAUCGUGUUCCACACCAAACUGCUGGACUCCCUGGAGGAGCUCCUGGCCGAGGCCUCCGACCUCUCCGACCUCUGUUUCUACCCUCGCCCCAUGGAGAAGAUGUUCAUGGCGACGAUGGAGGAGCCCUCGAUGCUGCGCUACAGCAUCGCCUUCCCCCUGCUCUGCAGCCACUUCUCCCGCUGCGUCCACCCCAUGUGCCCGGAGGAGUACCCCCACCUGAAGGCCGUUGCGUUGGGGAUGUGCAACAAGUUCCUGGAGGAGAUGGCUCGUCAGGCCAGCGCCUGUGUCAUGGAUGCCUGUGCUGAGCAGCACAACCUCAGCGAGCAGGAUCUCCAUGGCCUUUGUGGCUUUCAAGUUCUCUGUGACCUUUGGGGUAUCCUGACCUUUGUGGACCCCUGCAGUUUCUACCCUCGCCCCAUGGAGAAGAUGUUCAUGGCGACGAUGGAGGAGCCCUCGAUGCUGCGCUACAGCAUCGCCUUCCCCCUGCUCUGCAGCCACUUCUCCCGCUGCGUCCACCCCAUGUGCCCGGAGGAGUACCCCCACCUGAAGGCCGUUGCGUUGGGGAUGUGCAACAAGUUCCUGGAGGAGAUGGCCCGUCAGGCCAGCGCCUGUGUCAUGGAUGCCUGUGCUGAGCAGCACAACCUCAGCGAGCAGCUGCUGCCCAAGCACUGCGCCUCCACCGUCAGCAAAGCCCGCAACAAGAAGACCAUGAAGCAACCGGCCAAGAAGGGGGAACCCGAGAGGGACAAACCGGGGGCCGAGAGCCAGAGGAAGGACCGGACCCUCACCACCAACAUGGACAAGCUGCACCUGGUACUGGCCGAGCUGUCCCUGAGCCUCAACCACGUCCCCAACUUCACCGUCUUCGAGCACACGGUGACGCCGGUCGAGUACCUCAGCAGCCACCUGGAGACACGCUUCACCAAAGCCAUCGUGGCCAUGGCGGGCUACAGCCAGGCCACGCAGGAGGUGGCCCGUCCCUCGGAGGUGCUGGUGGGGCUGGGCGCCUACGUCACCUUCAUCCAGUCGCUGGGACAGUUGGUGGGCUUGGACACGGGGCGCAUCAUCCGCAGCGUCCUCCUCCAGCAGACGCAGCCCCGCGACGCCGCCGGCGACCAGACCCUCACCACCAUCUACACCAACUGGUACCUGGAGGCCCUGCUGCGUCAGGCCAGCACGGGGGCCAUCGUCCUGGCCCCGGCCCUCCAGGCCUUCACCACGGUGCCCCGGGAGGGAGAGCCCCCCUUCAGCGCCGCCGAGUUCUCCGACGUCUCAGAGAUGCGGGCACUGGCCGAGCUCAUCGGGCCCUACGGGAUGAAGUUCCUGAGUGACAACCUGAUGUGGCACGUGGGCUCCCAGGUCACCGAGCUGAAGAAGCUGGUCAACGAGAACAUGGACACGCUGGUGCAGCUGCGCUCCAGCUCCUGCAAGCCCGAGCAGAUGGCAGCUCUGCUGCCCCGCCUGACCUCGGCUGAGAACGUCCUGAAGCGCAUGACCAUCAUCGGGGAGAUCCUCAGCUUCCGCGCCAUGGCCCAGCAGGGCCUGAGGGAGGUGGGCUACAACAACAACAUCCACUGCCUGGCCAAGGCCAUCAUCCACGUCUCGGCCGCCCUCUUCACCGUCCACAACAAGAACAUCGAGACCCACCUCAAGGAGUUCCUGCUGCUGGCCUCCGUCAGCCUCCUGCAGCUGGGCCAGGAGACCGACAAGCUGCGAGCCAGGAACCGCGACUCCAUCUCCCUGCUCAUGCAGCUGGUGAGCGAUGGCAGGGCCCUGGGGUGCCCUGG